AUGAUAUGUCAACAACAUUUACCAUUCAUUGCUGAUCGGGUUGAGACUCUUCUUGUUGCUGAAUGUGGCGAAACACCAGAAAUAACAAAUCUUUUAUUUUCAUACAUUCCAUCAAUAUCUCAAUUUACUAAUUUACGAUUUCUGAUAUUGUGGAAUAUUCCUUCAAAUGCAAUAGUGUUAAAAGUUACCGAUGAACUCCAGCAUCUUCGCAACAUCAAUCGUCUGGAUUUAAGAUUUAAUUAUGAUUGCAAUGAUAAAGUAGAUUUUCAAUUAAUUAUUAACAAUAUUUGGAGUUUACAAAAGCUGACUCAUUGUCAUUACCAACGGUCCUCCGAGAAGAAGUGUUAUUUUUAUCCACCAACAAAGUUGUCUAAAUCACUCAUUAAUCUGAAUCUAUCCAGAUAUUGCUUUAAAUUGGCUCAAAUAUAUCAAUUAUUACAAUACACUUCUCAUCUGAAAUAUCUUUCAAUAUAUCUUGAAUCUGAUGACAAUGAUCAAUAUAAAUCAUGUUGUUUUUCAACAUUAAUUGAUUUAGAUAUUAAUAUAUCUGGCAUUUGUAACACUUCAAAACUAAUUUCCUUAUUGCAAAACUUACCGAAUUUGCGUCGCUUAAGCAUCAGUCUUGUUAAUGUAAUUAAUGGUUAUCAAUUGGAACAAAUCAUUCGUUAUUAUUUACCUAAACUCAAAGUAAUUAAUGUUAGUAUGGAAGAGAAACUUUCUAUCGGUCAAAACAUUGAACAACGAGUUGAUGAAUUGAUCAAUUCAUUUCGAAGUUCAUUUUGGAUUGAUGAACAUCAAUGGUUUAUACGAUGUCUUACAGAUGAAAGAACUAUUUAUAUUCAAACAAAACCUCUAAAAUAUUCUUGUUUUCAUGCAAAACUUGCUGACACAUACAAAUCAACAGAUCCACAUGAUGAUUAUCAAGAAAUUUAUAAUACCAUAGACAAACUUUAUUCUGAUAGUUUUUUCAACCAAUCAUUUCCGUCUAAUUUUCGUUUAUCUAAUAUUGAGUUUCUUGGUAUAAAAUUUCCAAUCCAUGAUCAAUUUUGGUCUAUUGUUACCAAUUUAAAAAAACUCAACUCACUGACAGUAUCAUCGUUUUCUGAUGUAUUUCAAUCUCAAUUACAAACUUUACUUGAUCGUGCACCACGUCUUUAUUCUCUAUGUAUUCAACAAGAUAAAUCAUUACCAUUGCAAAUGUCAUUAUUCAAAUGCAUGACUGCAUCAGUUCAUAGAUUGGAUUUAGGUGAUGAUUAUUAUCAAUUCAAUGAAGAAGAAUGUUUAACUCUAAGUCAUUCCACAUUAGGCGUUCAAUGUAAAUUACUUUUCAUUCAAGUUAUAAAUCGUCAAAGUAUUAUUUGCUUGGUGAAAAAUAUGAUUAAUCUUCAAUCAUUACAUAUUGAAUGUGCAGAUGAUAAAUAUCAUCCUGAAAAUACAUCAAACAAGAAUGAUCUUGUUCAAUGGUUAAAAGUGCAUUUACCAUCAACAUGUCUAAUUGUUAGAAAUCAAUAUUAUAUCCAUAAAAUUAAAAUGUGGAUUCGAUAG